GGAAAAAGAAGAAGAUAUGAAGGGUAUGAAGGGAAGAUGUCUAAAGAAAUUGAAAUCAAUUCAACCCAUCACUUCCUUGAAACCAGGUCGAAUUCUUCAGCUAAAUGUCUCAGAUGGGUUCUUUAAUUCAUUCCUUCCCCAUUCUGUCAACUGGGUACCUCAGAUUCCAUCCCUCCGCAAAGAUCAAGAUGACAAGAUCAAUCAAAGGAAUCUACCCAAGCUGGAGCCCGACAUUAUCGAUUUUUCGGAGCAGAUGAAAGACCUUGAAGACGACCAGGAAAUGGAGUUCAGCGAAGAAAAUAAUGGCGACAAGGAAAACAUCAGGCCCCCAAUAAAGUCAUCGAAAGGUCACCCAUUUGCUGCCAUCAAGCAAAAUAAAAAUCCAGAGGCACCCAUCAUCUUACCAGAGCCCGCAAGCUGUCAUCUUCGGAAUGGUCCCUUGUCGGAGCUCGACGUGUCAACUUUCCGGCAUCCAGACCUUCCACCUGUCGAUCACAAUUCAGAAAUUCCAGAGUCUACAACACGUACAGAGUCCUUGGCAGAGAUCGACAUCUCGUCUUUCCGUCGACCGGACCUGAAUUCAGGGAGUCUAUUUGAUCCCAAUCUUCUUGCAGCCUUUGAGCAGGCAGUGAUGGAUCACAUCAGAGCCCAAGAAGCAGAGCGAAAAUCUAAAGCUAUUGCAGAAAUGGAUACAAAGGAAAGAGAAGAUGAACCUGAACCUCCAUCAAAAUCUCUCUGGACGGAAGACGAUCCCCUGUUGGAAUUCGAAGAGAAGUGUCCACCUGGGGGAAGCGACUCCGUGAUCCUUUACACCACAAGCCUUCGAGGGAUAAGGAAGACAUUCAAGAAUUGCAAUAGCAUCAGGUUUCUGUUGGGAAGCUUCAGGGUUUUGUUCUUUGAGAGAGAUGUGUCAAUGCACUUGGAGUUCAGGGAGGAGUUAUGGAGGAUCUUGGGAGGUAGAGUAGUCCCUCCAAGGUUGUUCAUAAAGGGAAGAUACAUUGGGGGAGCUGAUGAGGUUGUGGGUUUGCACGAGCAAGGCAAGUUGAAGCUUCUCUUGCAGGGAUUACCGGCCGAUCAGACCGACGGCCCAUGCGAUGGGUGCGCUGGAAUACGAUUUGUACUCUGCUUUAAUUGCAACGGCAGUCGGAAGGCCAUUCCAAAAGUGGGAAAUGCGGAGGAGGAGGGGUUGCCCAUCAGAUGCCCUGAGUGCAAUGAGAAUGGAUUGAUUAUAUGCCCCUUGUGCUGCUGAUUUUUACUCCUCUGAUCUCACUCUGUUUCUUCUGUUUUCUUCUUUAGAUUACUUCGUUACAGAUUAUUUCAAUUCUUUGAGUUUGAGACUUGGAGUUGAGAA